GGGAGUGCGGGGUGAACCGGGAUGUCGGUGAACAUGGAGGAGCUGCGGCACCAGGUUAUGAUUAAUCAGUUCGUACUAGCGGCCGGCUGUGCGGCGGACCAGGCCAAGCAGUUACUACAGGCGGCGCACUGGCAGUUCGAGACUGCUCUCAGCGCCUUUUUCCAGGAGUCCAAUGUCCCGAGCGCCCAGCAUCACCCACACAUGAUGUGUACCCCAAGCAACACACCAGCCACUCCGCCCAACUUCCCCGACGCUUUAGCCAUGUUUUCUAAACUGCGCACCUCGGAGAGUCUGCAGAACAGCAGCAGCCCCGCCGCGUCCAACGCCUGCUCCCCACCAGGCAACUUCAAUCCCUAUUGGGCCUCCUCGCCGCCCAACCAGCAACCUGUCUGGCUCCCUCCAGCCUCACCCACCACACACCUCCAUCACCACCACCACCACCCUCAACCUGUGUGGCCUCCCAACUCCCAACCCACCGGGGGUCCUCAAAAAGCCAUGGCUGCUAUGGAUGGGCAGAGAUAAGACUGGGCACAGAAACAACAUGGAGGGCCAAGGGGAGGGAAUUAGCUCGUGCUUUGCUCCCUCCUCUUUGUGCCUCUCCCCCUGCAGUUUUCUGAACUGACUUCAUUUUUUUCUUUUUCACAGUCUUUUUGUUUUAUUUUAUAAACAAGAGGUUGUUCUGAUUUUUUCCUUAUCUCCAAGGCCGGAGGAAAAGGGGGGAAGGGGCAAGAGAGUCGAUUGUUCUCUUCCUUGGCUUUUUUUUUUUUUAAUAUAUAAGUAUAAUAUAUAAAGAUAAGAAUUUAUGUAAGGUGCCGGAGACGGGAGGGUAAUCCCUGUGUUUUUUUUUUUUAUUUUGGUUUUUUUUUUUCUUCCUCAGUGUUCGCAGGCUUAGAGGAUGUAACGUUCAGUAUCUUAAGGGAGUUAGUCAAACCUUUAAGAGGUGGGGUAUGUCUUUCACUCGGCUUAUCCCUCCUGCCUUCUCACAUACCCUACCUCCUUCCUCUAAUAGAGGAGCGAUUUGAUUUUAUUCCAGUCUUGCAGAACAGGGUUGAAUUCAGAGACUUUGUUGGGCAUCCAGAUAUUUGCUACACCAUUCCACCAUGUUGACCGGCAGAAGGAUAGACUGACCCUGGCUUAAAGCAAAAAACGAAACCAUUUCAAGUCCAGAUAAGCCUAAUGGGCAUUGGGAUGUGGAUUCUCUGGAGGAGCCGAGGGAGUCCGAUGCAGUGAGAAUAACGGAAGGCUGGGACUGUUACUAAGGAUGUGCUCUGCAGAGUCCGGAGCUGUGAUUGGACACCAAGCACAGACAUCAUGCAAAUCCUCAAUCCUGUUUCCUGGUUGUGCCCCCCAGGCCAUGCUGUGGACGGAGGCCACGUAACCGAGGCCUUUUUACGGGGUGUGGAAGGGGCUAUGCUUUUCAGAUGUAACCAUAACACAGGCUACCUCUCUUCGGUAGCAUCUGAUAAGCGCUGGUAAAGCGGCACAACCUCGUCCUUCUGCCACUGAGUUUCACUUACAGCAAUAAAAAUGCCAUUUGUUCAUUUCACCAAUCAGUGGGCUUUUUAUACGCCUAGCUUUGCUUGGGUUUGUCAUUGGACGGAGACUCCCAUCUUGCUGCAAGAACUGUACAACGUACGAAAUCAUUCGAUAUGACAGCCGAUUGGGGGAAUUUGCUUGCCCUGUUUUCUUUACCUGCUGUAAAACGCGCAAACUUGUUUGAACCCCUGUAUUAAACUCACAAACGUUUCAUGUC